UGACUUUAGCGUGCACAGCUCGUUUCUACGUGUCCCCCAGCUACGUGAAAUCCCGCUCCCAGCUUCCACAGGAGUAUCAGCGAUAGGUGAAGGGGGGUAAAAAAGCAGAACGGGAGUCGGUCAAACAUGGGGGAAGUUGUUCUGCCACGGCGCAUGUUCCUCUGGUGCAUGGCGGUCAUCUACUUGACUGCUUUUGUUUCCCUCUACGUGCAGAUACCAGGUCUGUAUGGAAAUGAGGGGCUGCUCCCUGCCCGCUGGCAGUUGCGAUACAGCGGGAAGCCUCUGGUGGAGCAGCUGCUCUCCUCUCCCACGCUGUUGUGGCUGGGACCUCGGCUUGGCCUGGACACUCACACUGCCAUGGAGCUGCUGUGUCUUAUCGGUGCAGCACUGAGCCUUGCUGCCACGCUGGUGGAGGCUUUUCGAGACAGUGUGGUGUUCUUCUGCCUCUGGGUCUUGUACCUGUCUAUGUAUGAGGUAGGCCAGGUUUUCCUCUACUUCCAGUGGGACAACCUGCUCCUAGAGACAGGGUUCCUCUGUAUCCUUGUUGCUCCCCUGACUUUAAUCAGAGGGUCACGAGGGGUCAGAGAGCACGAUCGUGUCACCUUCUGGCUUACUCGCUGGCUGCUCUUCAGACUCAUGUUUGCAUCCGGGGUGGUGAAGCUAACCUCACGUUGUCCCACCUGGUGGGGCCUUACAGCCCUCACGUAUCACUACGAGACUCAGUGUAUCCCAACCCCUCUGGCCUGGUUUGCCCACCAGUUGCCGGUGUGGUGGCAGAAGCUGAGCGUGGUGGGAGCCUUCGUUAUCGAGAUCGCUGUUCCGUUCCUGUUCUUCAGUCCACUGCGGAGGCUCCGACUUGGAGCUUUUUACUUGCAGGUGCUGCUUCAAGUCCUCAUCAUUUUGUCUGGCAACUACAACUUCUUCAACCUGCUGACUGUGACCCUCUGUCUGUCACUUCUGGAUGAUCGCCAUGUCUAUUUCUGGCUGCGCAAGGCAUACAAGACUGAUAAUGGGAAUGAUGACUCAAAGCUGUGGUCGUGGCUGUGUUACCUGCUGGAGCUGGUGGUCUGGGCUCUGCUGAUUGUUGGGACAAUCAUCUGCUUUGACCUGCAGCUAGAUACAGCUAAGAAAGGCAUCUCCUCGCGGACAGCAUUUACAUACCACCAGUUUAACAUGUUUCUGAAGACCGUCACUAUUCCCUGUAUCUGGAUCGGUGUCCUCUCACUCACCUGGGAGAUGGUUACCUCUCUCUUCAGGUGUGCGUGUGUGUCUGGUUUCUUUAAGAGGUUUUGGGGAACGGUCCAGUGGACGGUGUUCGCGGGGACUGCAGCUUCAAUGUUCGCUGUCAGUCUGGUGAGUUCUGUUGGAAACAUGGGAACUGAUAAGCGAUCAGCUGUAAAUCGCCCGAUUCUCUUUCAGGUGCCGUUUACCUUCAUAGAGUACGAUUCCAACUCCAGGUUGUGGCCAGGAGUGCGCCAAGCCUAUGAGAUGGUUGAUCGCUAUCAGAUAGUCAACUCAUACGGCUUGUUCAGAAGGAUGACCGGAGUUGGCGGGCGACCCGAGGUUGUCAUUGAGGGAAGCAGUGAUGGGGUCACAUGGACGGAGAUUGAGUUCAUGUAUAAGCCAGGGAAUCUGAGUGCAUCUCCUCCUGUGCUGACACCCCAUCAGCCCAGGCUGGACUGGCAAAUGUGGUUUGCUGCUCUUGGGCCCAAUACGCAAUCUCCAUGGUUCACCAGCCUGAUGUACAGACUCCUGCAAGGAAAAAGAGACGUUGUUGAACUGAUCCAGUCGGAUGUAUCCCAGUAUCCAUUUCACCAGCAGCCGCCUGCCUACCUGCGAGCUCACCGCUACAGAUACUGGUUUACCGAAUCAAAGGCUGACGGCUCUUUCCCAGAGCGCUGGUGGAGGAGGGUCUAUGAUGAGGAGUUCUAUCCCAUAGUGCAUCUGGGAAACAAUUUCCUAGAGGGCAUGCUCAACCAAUAUGGACUUAAGGACAAGUCACCUCCGCGCCGUUUGUCCAACACCACUGUUGCCCAAGCGGUGAGGUGGGUGCGCUCUCAGGUCAGAGGCGUCCCUGCGCACACAUUUAUCUGGACCCUGAUUGCCUGCAGUGCCACCUUCUGUCUACUUCAGGGAUUGCGACAUAAAAACAAAGAUGCAGAGAAGCCUUCAGACGCUCACAAGGCCACAGCGACCGAUCGUACUGAAAAUGCAGCCGACGGCUCUUCUUCAGACCAUCAUGAGAAGUCUGAUGAACAGCAGGCAGAUGAGGAGGAUGACAAAGAAGCAGACAGUGAAGACGAGGUGGAAGAGGAGGGAGAAGAGGAGAACGAAGUUGAUGAAGAAGAUGAGGACGAAGAAAGGAUAGAAAAAAGAUGAGGGCCUUGAAAAAGGUGCUGGUAAUCCAUCGUAGACUGUUAUCACGUCUGCCUUUAUAAAAUGUUACCAAGAUGACCAAAGAAGAUGUUUUGUGUAUUUUUGUGUUUCCCGAUCAGCCACUCGUUAACAACAUGCCUGCCUUGUUUCACCAACACUUCACUGCACCACACUGUACCUCUCUCUGUAUUUCUGCUUCAUCACUUUGCAGAAGUUUUUUAAACAUUUUAAUGCCUUCCUUGUCAGUUCUGACAUAUACUGCUGAACACCUGGAGAAACCCAGUUUAAAAAAAAAACACCAAACAAAUCAUGUGGAAUGAAACGAGAAACGAUGAUGUGGGCUCUGGUUUGUGUAGCGUUGACGCUACUGUACGGCACCGUUUGUCUCCUGCCUUUGUUGUUUGCGUCUUGCUGUAUGUACAGAACUAAAUCACACAAGCACUUUUCCCCUUUUCUACAAACAUAUGUGUGUUUUGGUUUUUUUUGUUUUUUUUUUAAGAUUUGAAAUAAAACACAUGGAACACUGUA